UCAGAGCCAGAUCAGAUCUCAGUUUGCCUUUCUCUUGCAUUCAUUGGACAUCCACUGAGUAAAGAUGCAGAACGGCACAGAAGGAAGCAACUUCUACAUCCCCAUGUCCAACAGGACUGGGCUUGUAAGGAGUCCUUUUCUAUACCCUCAGUACUACUUGGCACCUCCAUGGCAAUACUAUGGUCUUGCUGUCUACAUGUUUUUCCUGAUCUGCUUUGGAUUCCCCAUCAACGGGCUGACCCUGUACGUCACAGCCACAAACAAGAAGCUCCGGCAACCCCUCAACUUCAUUCUGGUCAACUUGGCUGCGGCUGGAAUGAUCAUGGUCCUCUUUGGAUUCACCAUCACCAUUACGUCUGCUGUCAAUGGCUACUUCAUCUGGGGACCAUUGGGCUGUGCUAUUGAGGGCUUCAUGGCUACACUUGGAGGUGAGGUUGCCCUGUGGUCUCUGGUAGUGCUGGCUGUUGAGAGAUACAUUGUGGUCUGCAAGCCCAUGGGCAGCUUCACGUUCACUGCCACCCACGCUGGUGCUGGUGUUGCAUUCACCUGGAUAGCUGCUAUGGCAUGUGCUGCUCCCCCACUGGUUGGCUGGUCCAGGUACAUCCCAGAGGGCAUGCAGUGCUCAUGUGGACCUGACUACUACACCUUGGCCGAAGGCUUCAACAAUGAAUCAUAUGUGAUCUACAUGUUCUCCUGCCACUUCAUCAUCCCAGUCUGUAUGAUCGCCUUCACUUAUGGAAGCCUGGUCCUCACAGUCAAGGCGGCUGCAGCUUCCCAGCAGGACUCAGCAUCUACCCAGAAAGCAGAGAAGGAAGUCACACGUAUGUGCGUCCUAAUGGUUUGUGGUUUCUUGAUCGCCUGGACCCCCUAUGCUAGCCUUGCUGCCUACAUCUUCUUCAACAAAGGAAUUGCCUUCAGUGCCCAGUCCAUGGCUAUCCCUGCCUUCUUCUCCAAGAGCUCAGCCUUGUUCAACCCCAUCAUCUAUGUGCUGAUGAACAAACAGUUCCGUGGCUGCAUGCUGGCCGCUGUAGGGAUGAAAGCAGAAGAAGAUGAGACUUCUGUGUCAGCAAGCAAGACAGAAGUGUCUUCUGUGGGCCCUGCAUAGAGACUUUCCCUCAUCCUGCACUUCCUGCCCUCUGAUUUCUACUCUUGUCUGAUGAUCUACAUGGACUGCUUUUGAAGACUUCUACCAAUUGGACAUUAUGUGCUGAUUAUUAUAUUUACUUGUAACGAUUGGACUCUGUCACUCCAAAACAAACUCAACAACUGCAUUUUGCUGCUUAGAUUCCUAAAAUGAACUAAUGUAAACCGUUUUUAUAAUGUGUUUACUGCAGGUUGUGACUGAAUCAGGGCAGUGUACUGAGACUCAAUCCGAACCCAUUUCUUGUUUUCUGUGCUCUUACCUCAGUCAAGAGACAGCUCCCAAACUGUAGGGCUUUAUUAAUUGACAAUGGUAACAUCCAAAGGCAAGCUCAACAAUAAGACAGAAUCUAGUUCUCACAGUUCAGAAGAAACAAGACAAAAGGCACUGCGUCACUGUAUCAGUCAAUAUAGUUAAGAGUAGACUUGACAUCAAUUUUAUACUCAUCCAAAAGAAACAACUGAUUUGCCUCUCAUAGGUGGCAACAAAUGGAUGAGUGUCAGACUUACUGAACAGCUCUCAUGUUUGUCUUGACGGAUCAUGAAAUUGUAUUUUCAUGUUAUUGUGAGGCUAGCAAUCAUUUUGUUGGCCUGUGUCAUCAUUUCCUGUAUAUAUUUUAUAAAUAACAAAAAAACAUAGGACUAGAUAAAUAAAUGCAUGCAUGAAAAGAC